AGAUGGUUCCAAACAGAUCUCGACGGGAAAAUGCUGGUCGGAAUAUGCAACAACUUAUUCAACAACAGUUAAACAAAGAAGGGGAUAAUGACGAAUUUUAUUCAGCAAUCUAUGGAGGAUUUAAAGAGGUGGAUCAAGAUGAUGAUUUUGAGUCGCCACCUCAUUCUUCAGAUGAUGAGGUAGAUUCGGACUUUGAUCAACCUGAAGAAGAGGAAAACGAUGAGGAAGGGAAAGAGGACGGCCUAAUUGAUGAGGCUGAGCGUGCCGAAAGAAGACAAAAGAGAUUGAGGCAAAAACAAAUGUUAGAACGUGAUAAAAAUUGGGCGAUUGCUCGCAUCAAUAAAAUGUCCGUUCCCGAGAAUAGUUGUGACCCUAAAACGCAACGUCAGAGACUGGAAGAAGCGAAGAAUACAGCUGUACAGAAUAUUGAAUCCCUUAAACGCUUCGAACAAUUUGAAUUGGAACGGAAAAAACGGCAACAAAAAGCAAUCCCGCGCCAAAUUUUGCAUGGUCCUCGAAUAAAAGAAAUGUUUACUGCGGAUGGCAAACAUUUAGUUUUGGUUCCUGAAUUACUUCCAAACGAAAAAUUAUUUCCAAAACCUAAGAAGCGCGAAUAUCGUGUAUGUUCUGUGACAGGGAAAUCGGCCCGCUAUAUGGACCCUCUUACAAGGUUACCAUAUGUAGAUGUUAAAGCAUUUCAAACGAUUCGUGAUGCUUAUCGUAAAUUUAUUGUUUCUGAAGUGGAACCGGCAAAUGAAUGCAAGAAAAUGAAAAUGAUGUAG